AUGACUUUCCAAAUUCCAUUCCCUAAUUUCCUCAAAAAACAACAAUAUUUAUUUUCGCUGGGUCUCCUAUCGAUCACGCUUUCUGUAAUUUUAUACAUUUCUUAUCAACGUGGAAUUCGAAAAAUUUCACACGAAACAUUGAACCAUUUAAUACAACGACGACAUGAAAUACUUCUUGAACACAGAAUGGAACAACAAUACAAUGAUCAGUCACCGUCGAUGCAUUUGCCAUCGACCACUACAGAUACAUCAUCAUCGCCGUCGACUCGAAAAAACAAAGGAAUUGUGUAUCCCAUUACUUUUAUUAAUCAACAUUUGGAAAAUGCAUUGACAUCGAAUGUGUUACGAUCGAAUUGUCAAGUCUAUUUGGCCUCAUAUUAUAGUUUUAAUGAAAUUGGAAAAGUCAUGCCAACUUAUAUUGGACAGGAACGAGUGAAUAUUUAUGGUCAUUGGAAAAAGUACAUCAUUCUUCAAAAGUUUCUAAAUAGUCAAGCAAGUUCUUACAUUGAUGAAGAAGAUUAUAUUUUUUUCAGUGAUGGAUUAGACGUCAUGUUCUAUGACCAUUUACAAAAUGCCAUUGAAAUUUAUUGGAAAUAUUUGAAAGAUGAAGGCAUUGAUGUCGAACGAGAUCGAGAGCUCAAUUGGCCACUUUUAUUUAAUGCAGAAAAGAAUCGAGCACCGUCUCCUAAAUUAUUCAUUCCUCUCAUUAAGAAUAUGAAUGUCCAAACAGUCGUAACAAAAUAUGUCCGUAAAGAAAACUAUCCAGUACGACCCUAUUGCAAUGCUCAAUCCACUUUCAAAUUUCUCAACUCGGGCAUGUACAUGGCAAGAAAACGCGAUGUCAAGGCCUAUCUUCAAAAAGCAUUUGAAAAUACCAUUGAUCCAAAUAAUAUCCAUAACGAUGAUCAAGCCAUGACUCAAUACAUGUAUGUGACUCAACAACUGUAUCCAGUCAUUGGAGAUUGUAAUGCUACUCUUGCCAUUCCAACCAUCAUGUCAUGUGAAAGUAUUAAGGUUGACAUGAAACAAUCAAAAUGUGAAAUUUCCAAUGGAUUCAAAGAAGAGUCUAAAAACGAUGACCAAUCUUUCACGACAACCAAUGGCUCAGAACGACGAGAACGACCUGUGGCCAUUCACAGUAUUGGAAAACAAUGUCCAGAAUUUUGUCCCUGUUUGCAAGCCAUAAUUCAAUCUGGACGUUUACAAGAAAAUUUGGAACGAGAAAUGAAAAAGCACAAAAUGAAGGACAUGUAUCAACUCGAAGAGAAAUUUGGAGUCAUUGUCUACAAUAGCGAUCAUGAUAGUGUGAGAAUUCAACCCAUUUUAGAUUUUUGUGGAAGUAAGACGUUGUUUGAUCCUCCCUCUUCACAGUGUGUCUAUAAAACUUAUUGA